UACAAUGGCAAGUAGAGCAAUAACAGCAGCCGCGGGUCCUCUAUCUCCAGCACAAGCAAUCUGAGUUCCAUUGCCAAAGGCGGCUCGUCAGCCCUGUCUCCACCAAACCAAGAAUUAUCCAUCUGCUAAGGUCGCUCUCUGCUGUCCAUUGGAAGCAGCUUUCUGUAUGAGAGAGCAAUUUGCUUCUAUCCCCUAGCGUGCACGCACUCACACACACACACAUCACCCAACCUUUUGCACUUGUGCUCUUGUCCCAGUUGUGGUAGGAGACGACGAGGUUAGACAGACAGCAGCUCUCCGGGGACAAGGCCAGCGGCUACUGUGUCUGUGUGGGCUGUGGGUAUUCCCCCUGCCUGCCGGCUCGGGAGGCUUGGCCUGGGCUACUCUUCCAGUCUGAGACGGACGACUGGAACCAGAAGGGGACUCGAUUCCUCAUCUAGGAGGAAUUAAGGAGAAGCAACAGGAUUCUCUCAGAGAAGGGCCAACAAGGAAGAUGUUGCACAACAGCGCUCACAGGAGGGUCCUUGACAGAAGGGGAGACCCUAUGACUUUGUAGCAGAAAUCGAGGAGUCCUGAGUGGGUGGAGACAGUUCAGUAAGAGAGGACGUGGGGCCCUUGUCCAGGAUGAGUUACAGCACGCCCUCUGAACACGAUUUGUACCGCAGCACCACUACCACCUCCGAGCCAGACCCAGGGUCAACCAUGGACAGGGCUCUACCAGAAACUGCUACCGUAAGCUCUGAAACCACCAGCUUUAACAGCACCAAAAUUCCAGACAUGGUCAGCAGUGGGCCUGGCCUGAGCACAAUGCUCCUCUCAUUUGGAAUCAUUACUAUGAUUGGGUUGGCUGUAGCAAUGGUUCUCUAUAUCAGGAAGAGGAAGAGGUUAGAGAAGCUGCGGCACCAGCUCAUGCCCAUGUACAAUUUCGACCCCACGGAAGAACAGGACGAGCUGGAACAAGAGCUGCUGGAGCAUGGAAGAGAUGCUGCAUCUUCCCAAGCCACCCAGAGCAAGAUCCUCCUGACGAGCCAGGGAACUGUCCAGAGACCCAGCCGUCUUGUGUUCACAGAUGUCGCUAACGCUAUCAAUGCAUGAACGACACCUGCCCCUGCUUUGGAUCACUCUGAGAUCAGGGAAGAUGGAGCCAACCAGUUACAUACCACAAGCAUGGAUGAGGAUACCAAGCCUACUGACCACCCCAUCCGUUUGUACUGCGACUGGGGAGCAGUUCUGGGCAUUUACACACUUCAGGCAGCAAAUGCUUGGUGGUGGCUGGCUGCAGCAACUUUUGGUACAUCCAUCGCUACCAAAGGGCUCUGAGCUGCCAUACUCAGAUUUCAGGAGCGAUCCUGGUUAGUGCCAUCUUACCAAGCUGUGCAGGGAUGAAGAUAAACUGUCUUGAAGCUAAAUCGGUCAGAAUGCACGACCCUACCGAGUCAUGGGAUCGUGGUGGGGGUGGGAGCACUUGUUUUGAAGGGCUUUCCCAGUGGUUUUUUACCAUAACAUCUCACGAUUGGAGUCCUGCAUUGUAAUCUUAAUGGUUUCCACAGAGCUUAGGCAGGUGCUGGGGGUGACUUAAGCCCCCUUGAGCUGGGAGGCAGGUCAACUGUGCCUGCCUCUUCAGCAGUGCCCAUGAGCACAUGAUGUUAUUCCCGGGGCAAACUCAUCCAUCUUGUCUCUUGUGCUGCCUAGAUUGUUCAUAAACACACUCACGGGGUAGCACUCAAGGAUUCCUUGUGGGCUUCCAAUGGGUUUCUGCAGCACGGGUGUUUCACUAGUUUUAAAGGUGAACCAAAGAGCUUUGGAGGAACAAAUUAAUUAAAUAAAUCUAAAGCGAGGAAAUGGUUGAAUGUCCCAGAUCAGUGAUGUAAUAAGAAUGUAGGGACAAGCCACUCAGCUCCUAGAAGCUGGGCCCUCUCAUCUCCCUCUGGCUUAGCUAGGAGUGGCAGUGAUUGGUGACCGGAUACCACAGUGGUAGAAUUAAUAUAAUAAAAAUAAAUGGGCUCGGAUGUAGUCCCAUCCACUCUUGUGCUCCGGCCAAGGAAGAUGGUUCUUACCGAGUAAAGUUUUAUGAGGGAAGAACACUUUGAGAGAGAGUGAGUGUGAGUGAAUAUAUAGGAUAAAUAAAUUUCAGUACAAAAUAGUCAAAAGUCUGAUCCUUACUUAUUUACCUGCCAGAACCUGCAUUCAGGAUUCUUUGCUUCUCCUGCUGAAAUAGGUGUCCCCAUCUAAAGCAGCGUACAGAGUAUAAGAAAAUGCUCUGCUUUAUGUCCCAGUUACAUCAGCCAACAAUGCAGAAGAAAUGCAAAAUCUUGAACUCGGGGCUUGGUAGGUAAAAACAAAUCCUUUCGGUUCACCUUUAUCACUGGUGCACUUCUCUCUCAGCUGUAUUGUUAACUGACAUGGUGAGUGAUGAGUGCUGAAGAGGAAACCCCUGGGCAAGAGUAGUGUUAUGGGGCCUGUCAGGCCCUUACUGCGACUGGCCACCUUGGUACACUGCAGUAUGAAGCUGGCACUGUAAUGAGCAGAGCUUUCUGGCAGUCACUAAGAACAAGUGCAAUAUGGCCAGGCACUGCAGGGAGAACAUCAAAAGCAAGUAGCAGGACCUAAGCAAUGAUAGUAGGAAAAUAUAAAUACAGGCUGUUUGUAAGUUUUCCUUCACCCAUGUUCCCCAACAUAGCCAGAUAAUAAGACAACUACCCUAUCUUUCCUGCUCCAUUCUCCAAGCCUGAAAUUGAAAUGGGAAACUGGAGGAACCUAGCAAAUCAGAGAGCCCCUGCCUGUCCAUGAUAUUCUAACCUCAGUGAUUCCCUCCACUCCCUGGGCAAAAGUCCUGAUUGAUAUAUUCAUGCCAAAGGUAGAUUGUAAUACCAGGCGAUGGGUUUGUACCUAUGGAUCUAUAUAGAUAUAUUCAAGAGAUCCAGCUGUCCCACCAAUAAGUUUGAGACCUGAUGUAUGCAGCACAUGCACGUGUCCAUCACAGUUGAUGCACUGAUUAUCUAUUGGUUUUCUUUUAGCACAUGCAUUUGUCAAGCAGAACUCCCUUCUGCCCAGGAGCUCCAGUGCAGAGAGAGCCAACUACAUGACUCUCAAAGUAAAGAGCUCUCUUUAAAUUGACAGCCAAAAUCUGAAUGCAUACCUAUAUUUAGAAAGUGGGCAUUAUGCAAAGAGGCAGGUGACUGGCUGGCAAAAAUGUCCAGCAGUUUGAGUAUUCAGUAGAACUGCACAAGUCGGGACUUGCUGGCCAGUGUACCCUCCCUCAAAUCAUUUUCCUACAAAUUUCCCCCUUUCAUAUGUACAAAUACCUUUCCUGCUUAUGGGCCCAAUCCUGUAGCCCCUUCUCAUGCAACUUGUCCUUACCCACCAGAGUAUUCACUGACACUACUCACCUGCAUAAGAUUUUGCAGGACUGAGCCUUUUUGGGGCUUUAUUUUUUUAAACUUCCCCUCCCAGGUAAAGCUUGAGAAUUCUUGGAACCUGUUUGAUCCUGGAGUCUGUAGCUGCCCUUGGGAAAAUGGCCCUUAGUGUAUAGCCAGAAGACAACUGGAAUCUACAAAAAGGCAUCCCAGCACCUCAGCUACAGGCUGCCAUUAGUGUUCCCACUCCAAAAGGAUUGCUCACAACAGGGUGUGGUGUAUGGAAAUAAGCUUGAUCCUCAGCUGGUGUAAUACAGCCUAGCUCCACUUUGAGGUUUUGAGCCCUGGAGGCUUCAAUGCAGCUACACUGAUUUUACCCCAGGUGAGAAUCUGAACCAAACACAUCACACACUUUACUCUGCUUUGGGAGAACCAGCAUCUCUUUCCAUUUGCUCAGAGAUGGCUGCCAGCAACUGAGUUGUCAGAUUUCUCCCCUGUAGAUUUCAGCUGUUGCUGUAAGGCCCACUGGGGCUUGGCAGGCCUUAGGGCUUCUGAACGAUUUUAAACCUAAACAACAUUGGCUUUUUCUUUUUAGGGGAACCUUUUUCAAGACUCCUUAUCACUGAAGUGAAUUUUUUUAAUUCUUUGAUUCAAUACACAAAACUGUAACAAAGAGAAUUUCCUAAAAGCAACAAUAUGCUUUGCAAAGCUCUGUGAACCCCAUCCUUGCACUUCUCAGGCAGUUGCUGAGUGAUGCACUUGCUGUGUAUCUGGAACCAAACCCAUACCUUGCCAUGUAUUAGGGGUAAGACCUAUAUUAUAUAAUGAAUGGACAGAAUUCCUUUCAGAUUCAAACAGUUCUCUUAUAUAAGGGGAUUCUGUCCUGUGCUGGGGGCCCUUAAAUCAAUGUAAUACAGAUAACGAGACUAAAAGAAUAUUACCACUAUUGGCUGGGCUUUAGCAUUCUUUUAGUGUAAUAGCACCUCCUUACAGGGUACUGGACGUAUACGUAUAAUUUAGUAGAUGUGUUAUGGUGUAAUUUAACUCAAGUUUUAAGCAUUCAGAUGUAAUUAAAGU